AUGACAGGGACUAGACCGAGGAAAGCAUUGGUCAUCGGAGCUGGACCAGUGGGAGCGCUCACCGCUCUGAGUCUACAUCGACGAGGAUGGGAAGUGGAAUUAUGGGAGUCACGAGAUGAUCCACGAGGUGUAGAUGCGGCUCCAAGUAAUCUGAGAUCCAUCAAUCUGGCCAUAUCUUCUCGUGGUCUUGAAGCUUUGAGAAGUGUCGAUCCUUCUUUAGCUGAACAAUUCCAAAAUGAGGCUAUACCCAUGAAGGGACGAAUGAUUCAUCACGUAGAUGGCAAACAAGAAUCACAAAUAUAUGAUCCCAUAAAUGAACAGUGUAUCAAUUCGAUUGGUCGACCCUUACUGAAUCAACGAUUAGUCGAAUCAUUACCUGAAGAGAUCAAGAUACGUUUCAACACUAAAUUAUCACGAGUCGAUCUGAAUCAUAAAUAUGCAUAUGGUUCUUCUGCAGAUGACAAGAAUGUCGUACCUGGUGAAGAACACGAUGAUGGCGAGAUUGCAAGCACAGGUGCGGGUCUGAGUUCAGGUUCGAAGAAGGGAAAAAACAAGGAGAAAGAAGACUCAAAAUCAACUUCUUUUGAUUUAAUUGUCGGUUGUGACGGAAGUUGGUCAAAAGUUAGAACCUCGAUGAUGCGUAUGGAAAGGAUCGAUUUCUCACAAUCGUUCAUCCCUCAUGCCUAUAUCGAACUACACAUGCCUGCAGAUCCUACAAAACCAGGAGGAUACGCUAUAGAUAAAAACCAUCUUCACAUAUGGCCAAGACAUUCUUUCAUGCUGAUUGGUUUACCCAAUAAGGAUGGUUCCUUCACUCUUACUUUGUUCCUUCCUUUCUCUUCCUUAGCAGCGCUCACAACCAGAGAGGCAGCAAGUCGAUUCUUCCUUGAAAAUUUCCCUUCUGCUGUUCAGAUCGUAGGCGAAAAGAUGCUAUUGGACGAUUUCGAGAAUAACCCCAGAGGAAACCUUGUCACUAUCAAUGUCACACCUUCAGCUUGGUCCUCUCACGCUUUACUCUUAGGCGAUGCGUCACACAGUAUGGUACCGUUUUACGGACAGGGACUAAAUUGUGGUCUUGAAGACGUCCGUGUGCUCAACUCAGUACUGGAGAAACAUAAAGUGCCAUCGACUACAUCACUUGAAGUCGGUGAAACUGACCCUCAACUCGAACUGGCAUUAAAAGCUUAUUCAAUUGAAAGACAAGCUGAUCUGAAAGCUAUCUGCGAGCUGGCCUUGCAAAAUUAUACCGAGAUGCGAUCUCAUGUCCUCUCGCCACUACAUCAUUUCAGGCGUUUCCUCGAUUCAUUCCUCACACGUGUAUUACCCUCCAAACCUUCUUCCUUACACCUGUCACUCACAGAUCCCUUCCCAACCAAGAGGGUGCGAGGAUGGACAAGUCUAUACGAGAUGGUGACUUUCAGACCGGAUGUUCCUUAUUCUGAAGCACUAAGAAAGGAGAAUCAUCAAAAGGAAAUAAUGGUCUGGACUGGAUAUAUAAGUGGUUUGGUCGCACUAGGCGGAGUCGGAUCGGUGGGAUUCAAGUUGGCUAGAAAAUGGGCUGAGCGGAGGUAG